UCACGGUCCGCAGCCAUGCCGUCCAAGGGGCUGCUCCAGUUUGAGCAGGUCUUGGGACGCAAGAAGACGGUCACGGCUGUGCCUCACUGCAAACAGGGCAAAGGGCUCAUCAAGGUGAACGGGUGGCCACUGGAGAUGAUUGAGCGGCACAUGCUGCCGUACAAGCUGCUGGAGCCCGUCCUGCUUCUGGGCAAGGAGAGGUUUGCCGGCGUGGACAUCCAUGUCCGCGAGAAGGGUGGUGGUCACGUGGCACAGGUCCAUGCCAUCCGCCAGUCCAUCUCCAAAGCGCCGGUGGCCUAUUACCAGAAAUAUGUGGAUGAGGCUUCCAAGAGGGAGAUCAAAGACACCCUCAUCCAGUAUGACUGUACCCUGCUGGUUGCUGAUCUCUGCCGCUGCGAGUCCAAGAAGUUUGGAGGUCCUGGCACCUGA